AUUAUUCGAAGGGGUCAAUCUGCCGUGCAACACCCAUCGCAUCCAGGUAACAAAAUGGCGAUGUUCGGAAGGAGUCUUCACAUCGGAACAAGCUUGACUAAACCAGGUCAUGUGGCCUUGUUGAUGUCUUCAUUGAAGGCGGUCACCGCCACACCGUCACGAAACUACUACAAAUAUGUCAACAAUUUGGAACCAGGAGACAGCAUGAGAGAGAUCACAGACAGGGCGGCAACACGACUUUUCUUUGGUGAACUUGUCAGAGGUCUCGGCAUGACAAUGAGUUAUCUGUUCAGGGAGCCAGCCACCAUCAACUACCCAUUUGAGAAGGGUCCGUUGAGUCCCAGGUUCCGGGGGGAGCACGCCUUGAGACGUUACCCCUCCGGUGAAGAAAGAUGCAUCGCCUGCAAGCUGUGUGAGGCCAUCUGUCCUGCACAGGCAAUAACUAUUGAAGCUGAGGCGCGAGCUGACGGCAGUCGACGCACCACUCGUUACGACAUCGACAUGACAAAAUGUAUCUAUUGUGGGUUCUGCCAGGAAGCUUGUCCGGUGGACGCUAUCGUUGAGGGCCCCAACUUCGAGUUUUCAACCGAAACACGCGAGGAAUUGCUGUAUAACAAAGAGAAACUGCUGAACAACGGUGACAAAUGGGAGGCGGAGAUAGCUGGCAAUAUACAGGCGGAUCAUUUAUAUCGCUAGUUAGGGGUUAGACUGACGGGUACCAUACUUCAAGAUGUAUUGGCACAGUAUUUCUUUCUUGGCCUCAAAGCUGUCUUCAAGGUGUCUGAAUUUCCCCAAAAGAACAGGACCCAUUUUCAGGAAGUUGCUAUUAUAAAGCAGAAAAAGCCGCUUAGCAAUGUUAUGUGGUUUAGCUGGGUACCAGCAACAAGUAGUAUGCAUCGCAGGACAUCUUGGCUGGUAACGUGGUUUUGCUAAGCCAAUAUUUUCUGUUUUUAAAUAGCCAAUUUCUGUUCCUUGUAGUAGUGUGCAUUGACGGGCCGUACUGGAACUGGGCAUCCUACUGAAGCAAAACACGGUACCGGUAAAAGAAACCCAUCCCCUAAAUUCAAAUCCUGGAAGUUGUCUGGUGGCUUUACAGCUUUACAGUGUAAACUGCAACUUUUGUAAGUGGCAUCUGUCGGCUCGCGCAUUCUGUUUUUGGUUUUCCGAUCUAGCAAGGUUUUCAUUUUGAAAAUUAUCCACAAUCGCCUCAAGAUAUUUCUUUUUCAUUGUCUGAGAAGUUACUAAGUAACUAGUAAAGUUGGUUACGAAUAACCGAUCCCAUAAUCUGGAACCGGUUCCUGACAUCAGCGUUCGGGAACUUGCGUACCCAGUUCCGAUGCACGCCACUAAUCUUUUGAAAUUGCCAUGGUUCCUUACAGACACUAUGCACAU